AUGUACCACGAUCAUGUUGCAGACGUAUCAACAUUAGAUCGAGGCAGACGGGACGAGUUCUGGCGCAAGAUCCCUUGGUGGCAAGACGUAUCAACAGAGGACUUCCUGAGUUAUCGUUGGAGCAGUAGGAACAUGGUCGAGAGACUUCCGAAGCUGCGAGGCUUUCUUGAUGCGACCUUGCCCGAGUACAUCCCUGUCCGUGGUCCCAGCAGUGAUAUAGAGCCUCGAGAGAAGCUGGUCAACGACGUCCUCGCAGGAAUCAAGAAGGCAACCAUGUCUGUUCGGCUUACCCCGUAUGUCCUGAGCCGUAUCGACUGGACUGACCCUCGCAACGAUCCCAUUUUUCGCCAGUUCAUCCCGACUCAGUCGUCGAUGGUACCCGAUCAUCCCCGACUGACGCUUGAUUCUUUGCACGAAGAGGCCGACUCUCCAGUGCCUGGGCUCGUCCAUCGGUACCCAGACAAGGCUUUGUUUCUCCUGGGUGCCAACACCGAAACCGUCGACAAGCAUUCGUUCAAGCCCAUCCUUGCCAGAUGGGAGAAGGUGUUCCAGUACAUCGAGAAUACACCGAAUCUGCAGGACAUUGUAGUCUCCGGAGGCGACUCAUACUACUUGGCGCCUCAUCAAAUCGAACUGAUUGGUGACAAACUGAUCUCGAUGCCCAACAUACGUCGCUUCCGGUUUGCCUCAAAGGGACUUGCCGUCUGCCCGACUCGGAUUCUUGAUCCUAACGACACUUGGGUAGAUGCCCUUGUCUCCGUGUCCAACAAGGCGAGGAGGGCUGGCAAGGCGGUGGCGCUGCACACCCACUUCAACCACCCCAACGAGAUCUCCUGGAUUAGUGAGGAGGCCAGCCAGAAGCUCUUUGAAGCCGGGGUCGUGGUACGGAACCAGACCGUGCUACUACGCGGGGUCAACGAUGAUGUUGGCACCAUGUCUAUGCUCAUUCGCAAGUUGGCGAAUAACAACAUUCUUCCGUGUGACAUGGUCAAGAUGGUAGAGCACUUGCGAACGCCUCUGCAAACGAUUCUUAACUUGGAGUCUAAGAUCAGGGGUACGAUCGCUGGAUUUGUGAUGCCGCAGUUUGUAGUGGAUCUCCCUGGAGGCGGUGGCAAGCGCUUGGCGAGUACUCAUAGAUCGUACGACCGCAAGACAGGUAUAUCAACGUAUGUGGCGCCUGCAGUGACGGGUCGUGACAAGGAAAACAAGGUGUAUGAGUACUACGACCCCGUCGACUCUCUUCUCGAGAGCCAACCAACCGAUUUUCUGGACGGGGCGUCCCGACACACUGGUUGA